GAAAGCCUGACACGCCACACAACCAUUUAAAGGUGUCUUAGUACCGUAAUGGGCUGCCCAUAUGGGGAAGAGGUGGGUUAGGGAGUGAACGUCCCUGGAGGUGUUUUAAGAAAAGCUUGGACGUGGCACUCGGUCUGGUGGUGUUCGGUCGCAGGUUGGACUAGAUGAUCUCAGGAGUCUUUUCAAACUUAAUUGAUUGUGUGAUUCUGUGGUUAAAUGUACCCCGAGCAAAGCUUCCUGCUGCACGGCUGGUACGUGCUCGGUAUGUGCCACAAUUGGCUGUUGGGGUUAUUGAGGAUUGUCACUUGAGCUGGUUUGAAGGACUUCGACAGAGAGCAGCGAUACUUUAUGGGAUCUUGCUAUAGCUGAAGUGGAGAAGAGAGAAAAUCCUGAUAAUGAUGAUGAUGUCAAGCCAGGGGAAGUUUGGGAAAAAUCAAUAUUAUUUAUGGGAAACAAAACCGGGGGAAAGACCACUAUCAUACUGCGAUGUCUUGAGAGGGAAGAGUCUCCAAAGCCAACAUUAGCCUUGGAAUAUACUUUUGGAAGACGGGCAAGGAGACACAAUACACCUAAAGAUGUAGCUCAUUUUUGGGAACUAGGUGGUGGAACCUCAUUAGUGGAACUCAUUCGAAUACCAAUCACUAGCCACAACAUAAGGUCAUUUGCUGUAGUUCUGGUAUUGGAUCUCUCCAAACCUAAUGAACUCUGGACUACUAUGGAGAGCCUUCUGCAGGUCACUAGGAGCCACGUGAACAAAAUUUUAACCAAACUAGAAAAGACAAACCCUGAAGUAGCUGCUGAAAUUAAACAGAGAAUGUGGAACAAUCUGCAGAGGGAUCACCCUGACUAUGCAUUAGUUGACCCUUUUCCAAUACCCUUGGUGAUAAUUGGAAGCAAAUAUGAUAUUUUUCAUGAGUUAGACUCUGAAAUGAGAAAAAUAAUAAGCAAGACACUUCGAUUUGUUUCACAUUAUUAUGGAGCAUCAUUAGUGUUUACCAGUAAAUCUGAGGCUCUCCUGCUGAAAGCCCGUGCACUUAUUAAUCAUUUGGCAUUUGGCUAUGAUAAAAGCAAGUCUGUAUCAGUGGAUCCCAGCAAACCUCUCUUUAUACCAGCAGGCCUGGAUUCCAUGAGCCAAAUAGGACCACCACCUGCCUCUGACAGUGAUCUUGGAAAGAUGCAUGCCAACACGCCUUUGGAACUAUGGAAAAAAGUAUUUGAGAAAACAUUUCCUCCCAAGAGUUUCUGUGAUUUACAAGAUACCAAGGACCCUGCACAGGAUAAUCAGUACACUGAGUAUGAAGUUGAUGUCAUGAGAGCUCAGAAAAACCAGGAACUUGAACAAUACAAAAGAAAUGCCUCUAAAUCCUGGAAAGAAAUGGAUUUUGACUCUGAUUGAUGAACUGUUCUAAGUAUAACACCUUUUACAAAAUUACUUUUAUUGUUUUUACAUUACAUUAUAAAUUUCAUCUGAUGCAGUUGAAAAUAUGUAAUACCAAACUAUGAAGUUAGUAUUUAUUAAGCAUCCCUGUUUUUAUUUUUCAUAAAAGGAGCUGUUAAUUCACUCAGACCAAAUUUGUUUAUCUUGGCACUGGCAAAGAGGUUUAAAAACUGGGGAGAAAAGAAUUCUAGAUUGCUCUCAGAUGGGUUUGUAUCUGAAGACUAGCAUUAGUCAGUUCUACUUAUUUUAUAACACAUUAUUUGAUUUACUUUUGAAUACUUCUACCUUAAGCAUAUAUUUAAGUAUAAACAAGUUUUCAUACCCAAAAUAUGAAAUUGCAUAGUGUUUUAGGCAUCUUUUUAUAGUUCAAAAUCAAAACUUAAGAAAUAUUUGCAUAAUUGUUUGAUAUAUUUUAAUAAAUAAAUAAAACAGGCAGAAUAAAGUGGAGUUAAAACCACCUUUGACCUGAAUUUAAAAGUGUGCUUUCUAUCACAGAACCAUAGUUUAAUAUAGGACUUGUAUAAUGUCACCCAGAGUUUAGAAGAUGGAUAUUUCUGUCACAUAUUCAAAUUAUAGGAAAUUAGUCUAAUUAAUUUGACAGAUACUUGGUUAGUGCUGAGAAUAUUAUUGAUUCACAUUCAGCCUAAACUAGGAAUGGGUUUUUGUCCAUGCACACCUCACUAGUGUGAGAUGCAGUGAGUGUUCUGAGAAUACACAAAAUAAUCCAGAUUAAAGCCAGAAAUGUCUCCUGAGAGCUCGAACUUGUCAGAGAGUGAAUGUCUGCAUAGUCACCUGGCAAACCACAUCAACCCUACAUGCUCAUAAAAAUGGGAGAGACAGACUAAUCUGGUAUCUUGCUAGCUAUUUAGAGCUAUUUGUUAUUUUUAACAUAUUUGUUCACCAGAUGUUUUUCUGAUAACAUAUCUCAGAAUAUUUUACAUAAAGAUAUGAGAAAAAUACACUUAAGUGGAAAUCCUGUGUUACCUUGAGGAUUGGAUUUAAAGUUCUUUGUUAUGAACUGCCUCAUCUCAAAACUAUUAUAUAAAACCAGUUAUAUAAUUACAGAAUUUUAAGAUACAAAUAUACUUACCUCCUUGGAGAAAUCUAUCUCUGCAAAAACUAAUUUCUUCACAGAACAUGAAAAUAAGAGACAAAAUUUAGAAAUUCUGAGUCUGUUAUGUUUUUGAAAGGCCCGUGAGAAUAAUUUCCAAGACGAAAAUGACAUUGCUUCUGACAAACAACUUCUAUACUUUUUCCCUAGUUAAAUUGACAUUUUAUUAAAUAAAACCAAAACAUUAUUAAACAAACAUUUCUUUUUUCCGAGUAAGUCAUAAACUGCUUCCAAAACAAGAUUCAAACUUGACAGUGAAAAGAAAUAAUUGAUAUAAAUAACCUGUCUUUACUGAUUUACCAUCAUUUACAAGGCAAAAACAAGUUGGGUAACUUUGAUUUUUGAUACUUCUUCAAGAUCCUGUACUCAUCAGUUGUAUAGCGUGUAUAAGAUUAAAGUGGAGUGAUUUCUA